GUAGAAAGGGUGGUGGUGGGCUACCUGGCAAAUGGUUGAGGGUUCAGUGACCUUUGAUGAUGUGGCUGUGGAGUUCACCCCAGAGGAGUGGGCUUUACUGGACACAACUCAGAAAUACCUGUACAGAGAUUCAAUGCUGGAGAGCUACAAGAACCUGGUCUCUGUGGGCUUUCUUCAACAAUGGGAAAUACAACCCACAACCAAAGGGUCAUCACUUCAGCAGAGUUUUCUGAAGAAUGAAAUAUUCAAUGGGCUACAAAUGUUAAGAAGCUACAGGUUAGGGGAACUCUGUGACUGCAAGAAUUGUGGAGAGGUCUUUAGUGAAUGGUUUUUCCUUAAGACACACAUGACAGCUCAGAAUGGAGGGAACACUUCUGAGUAUAAUUGUUAUAGAAAAGAUGUCCUCACUGUGUACAAGAAAGCCUCUACUGGACAGGAACUUUCCAGAUUUAAUCCAUGUGGAAAAGUCUUCACCCAAACUCCAGGCCUUGCUGUGCAUCUUCAAAUUCUCAAUGCGAGAAAACCCUACAAAUGUAAGGAAUCUGGAAAAGGCUUUAAGUAUUUUGCAAGCCUUGAUAAUCAAAUGGGAAUCCACCCUGGAGAGAAACUCUGCGAAUUUCAGGAAUGUGGGGGAGCCAUCACAGCUUCCUCACACCUAAAGCAGUGUGUAACAGUUCAUACUGGAAAGAAAUCCAAAAAGACUAAGAAAUGUGGGAAAUCCUUCACUAAUUUUUCUCAACUUUCUGCACACGUGAAAACUCAUAAAGGAGAGAAGUCCUUUGAAUGUAAAGAAUGUGGAAAAUCCUUUAGAAAUUCCUCAUUUCUUAAUGACCACAUUCAAAUUCACAUUGAAAUAAAACCACACAGAUGUAUGGAAUGUGGGAAAGCCUUCACUAGAUCAAUUCACCUUACUCAACAUGUAAGAACUCACGCUGGAAUAAAACUCUAUGAAUGUAAGGAAUGUGGGCAAGCCUUCGCUCAGUACACGGGCCUUGCUAUAUACAUGCCAAAUCACUGUGGAGAGAAACCCUAUCAGUGUAAGGAAUGUGGGAAAGCCUUCAAUAGAUCCUCAACCCUUACUGAACAUAGAAGAAUUCACACAGGAGAGAAGCCUUAUGAAUGUGUUAAAUGUGGAAAAACCUUCAUUACUUCUUCCCAUUGUAGGAAACAUUUGAGACUGCAUAGUGGAGAAAAGCCCUUUGUAUGCAAAAUAUGUGAGAAAGCAUUUAUGUUUUCCUCAGGGCUUAAUGUUCACCUGCGAAUUCAUACUGAAGAGAAAGUCUUCAUUACUACGUAAAGAAUGUGGGAAAGCAUUUGCUGUUUCCUCACACCUAAGUACACAUGAAAGAAUUCACACUGGGGAGAAACCUUAUGAAUACUGGGUAUGAGUGUUACCAUUUAGCCCAUCGGUUGCCAUCUUUAAUUAUUGGCAAUGACACAAGAGAUCAUCAGAUUUGUCCUAAAUGCCUUGAGGAGGUUGUAAUAGCUCAUGGAUUGGCCUUAGAUGCCAUCCCAAGGGUCUGGAAUUAAACCUACGUGUUCUGAAUACAGCUUCUUCAUGGUU